UCCAACACAAAACACGAUGGACUACGUCCGGGCUUCCACCUGCUGCCUCAUAAUCUUAAUCGCAUUAACUCAACAACCUUCCGGCGCCGCCGUUCAUGGAAGCGUGUUCAAGGACCUGACCACACCCCAGGGGCAACAGAUCAUGCGGAGUGCCAAGUCGGCGCAAAUGCUCUCCUUCAUGGACUCCGCAGCCGAUCCCUGUGACGAUUUCUACGGGUAUGCCUGUGGAAGCUUUGCGCGUAUAAACGGCGCCACCAAGGAGAAGGACACUAGUGUUGGUCAGGACAUGUUCGCCAGCUACUUGCGGAGGGUAAGGCAUCUGCUAAACCAGCCCAGAAUGAGCACAGAUUGGCCCAUGGAGACGCGUGUAAAAUACUUCUACGAGUCCUGCCUGGACACGACGGCUCUGAGGAUCCACCAGCGUAGCCGGAUCAUCAGUGUCUUGAGGGAGUUUGGAGGAAUGCCCGCCGUGGAAGGCGAUGCCUGGACUGGCAUCGACUUUGAUCCGCUGGAAACGAUGGCCCAACUUUUGAGCCGAUAUGGAAAGCUAACUCUACUCGGUGUCUACGUCGCGCCGGAUUACAAAAACUCGCAGAUCAAUCGAUUAUAUUUGGGCCAAAGGAACGAUCUUGUGCCGAUCGACGAGUCAUCAAAGUUGGCCAAAAAGCUGGAGAUUCAGAUGCGGUUGCAAAGUCUACUCGGACUGCCGGGUAGCCAUGCACUCAAAACGGCUGAGGAGAUCGUUGAACUGGAAGCGGAGCUGUCGCGUCAUGUGCAGGACUGGAGCCAGGACCGCGAUCCCAGGCUAAGGAAUCGUCUGACCCUGCUAAGCAACAUGACUGAUACUUAUGGAAGUGUUUUAAACAUGACCCGGUUUGUGCAAACUUGGCUCGGUCACGACUACAAUCUGCCCGUUUACGAAAGCGUGCGCAGCUAUCUCUCCCAGCUAAAAAAGCUCCUCACCAGCACUCCCAAGAGGAUACUGGCCAACUACAUGCUCUCGAGCUUGCUGAGAGACUACGAAAUCCUGGUGGAUGAGAGGAAUCAGAAGGCGAUCUGUGCCGAGCGACUGACCCAUCUAAUGCCCGAUGUGGUGGAUCACCUGGUUUAUAACUCGCUGGAGCAGCAGAGUCCGCAUAUACCCAACGAUCUAAGCAAUUUGUGGCGGGAGCUUAAGGCCACCUUUCAGGAGAUACUGAGCUCUGACGACGUGAAAUGGCUGAAACAACAGACGCAAGAAGAUCUGCUGGAGAAACUCAAGGAUAUGACCUUCGAGAUAACCGGCGGCAAGCCCAUAAAUUUUGAGGAGCAGUAUGGUGCCUUGGUGAUCAGUUCGGCGGACUUCUACGGCAACGUCCAACGACUGCUGGCCGUUCAGGCGGCCCACUUAAAGGCGGAUCUGAUGCGGAGUUCCAGGAGCGAAAACUACUACGAUGGUAUCAUCGAUUCGCCCUUCUAUGUGACGGAGGCCAAUCUGGUGGUGCUGCCAGCCAUGUACAUGCAACACCGCUACUUCUGGGACGACGCCUAUCCCACGGCCCUCAGAUACGGGACUUUGGGAUUCUUCUUGGGCCAUGAAAUGGCCCAUGGUUUCGACGAUCUCAACCGGCUGUACGACAACCAUGGCAACCUCCGCGAUUCCUGGAGCCCCGAUACGAAGCUGAUCUUCGACCACGACAAGAACUGUUUGGCGGAUCAGUUUGCCGAUUUGCACUACAGUGGCUUGAAGCUGCCCAAAAUGGAGGCCCAGGGUGAGAACAUAGCCGACAAUGUGGGCAUCCGCCUAGCUUAUGCCACAUACACCAAGUGGCUGAAGCUGCAAUCCAAAGUGCCGGACACGGAGACACUGCCCAAUAUGUCGCAGACACCACAGCAAUUGUUCUACCUCAGUGUGGCACAGUCGAUGUGCACCGAUAUACUCGAGGAUCGGCGCCCAGCAUUUGUCCGGAAUAGCGUCCAUCCGCCGAACGAGUCGCGGGUAUUCGUCAUGAUGGCCAACAGCAAGUCCUUCGCCGAGGCCUUCCAAUGCGGCAAUCAGACUAAGCUAAGCCCCGCUCACCGAUGUGCCAUGUACUGAGAUUACCGAGAUUGCCCCGCCGUCUACAAACUUACGUCAUAUAUGUCAUAGAAUCUUUAAAUAAACUUGU